UUUUUCACUCACACUCAUAAUCCUAAUAUUAUUAUUAUUAUUCUCCCAACACUUGCUUUUCUCUCAUUCCUUCUCAUCAUGCCUCGCUUUGCAACCUUGCUUGUUCUGUUCUUAGUUAUCUUCUCUGCUUCCUUGUGUUGUUGUUCAGAAGCUAGAAAACUUCAACUCAGGGGAAACAGGGGAAACAGGGGAAUCAAGGUUGUUGACCCUUCUCCAAAGAGCAGCUUGUUCUUCAGCUCCCUUCCAAAGGGCACCGUGCCGGCUUCCACACCGAGCAAGAAGGGACAUGCCAUGGAGGUUGAUGAGAAGCUCAUUGCACGAAACCUCAUUAGUGUUGAACGAGUUCUUCUCACAUCUGUCCCUAGCCCUGGUGCUGGCCAUUGAUUCAUUUUCAUUCCUUUCUUUGUUGAUCACUUCACAACACAUUUUUUUAUUUCUUCAAUUUUGUCAUAUUCUUAUAUUAUUACAUAUUUUUCUUUCUUUAUAUAGUUCAAAAUGAAGACUAUAAACAUUAGCAGGAAACUAAAAAUAGCUAGGGAGGGAAUAUAAUUGAACUGUGUAAAGAUGUAGAUUAAGAUUUGUAGUGUAUAUGUCUCUGUUUUCCUCUGUUUUCGGAUUAUCUCCAUUCCCUUGAUGAGGUGAAAACUAUAUAUAUGUGCAGUUACAAUUUUGUAUUCUAUAUAAUAUGAUCAACUUCUGUAAUGCUUUGUAUAAGUAUAUUUUUUACAUCAA